ACUUUCUGCACAUUAAACUCUUGUCCUUUUUCCAUUCGUCCAGUUCAAAUUUCUUUUGCAGAAUCAUCAAACACAGCCACAACCAAGGAUUGGCCCCCUCACAAUGGGUCAGUCUCAGUCGAAGCGUCGCUCAGACGUUUCGAUGCAGAAUCUCAGGGCCAGUGCCUCUUCAGGCACGCCAUUGAACUCUUCUACGCCCAAUUCAUCAGGUGACUUCGAUUUGACGCCUGCCAGCUCUGCUCAACCCUAUGGUGAUUCGGCCACGCCUUCACGCGUCAUUCCCCUCAACAGACUCAGCAGCUUAAUUGAUCCUCUUGAGAUUGUUGGCCCUGUCAGAAGCCUGUCUGACGAUGAGGAUGAGGACGGCGUUGUUUGGGUAUCUGACGACGCGUGGGAAGAAGAAACCAUGGUCUGCUCUCCUUCGGGUCAGCGACUCAUGGCGCCGGAAGAUUACUUUGCCAGCCCGGAACGUCCCCUCAGCUUGCGCGAAAGGCAGGAAAAGAUUAAAAACAAGAUGCUCGCCAAAGGCUCUUCCGCUAAUCAUCUGGAUCCCGGCACAAGUUCUCAGUCUCCGGCUGGAGAGUUGGACCUGUCCGAGGCCCAGGCCGAGGAGCAGCUUCAGGAUCAGAGCGACGACGAGGAUGAACAAACCUCGGCCGUGGGAGCUCCAGCAGAGGCGAACAAUAACAAGCUGCGCCUGUUCAGUUGCUGCUUUGGAAGUGCUAUGGAGUAAUUUCUAAUUGUAACGACGCAUCACAGGCCGACACCUUAAAGACUAUUUCUUCUAGCAACCAACAUUUCCUUGAAAGCGGC